UCUUCGUCGCAUCCGUCGCGAGUCGAAUAUGGAUGCUCAACAGUCUGAACCGCCUUCUUCUUCCGGGAAACCAGUCGUCAGGACCACGCGCCGACGCGCCCAACACAACAACUCCAAAAACGGCUGUCUGACCUGCAAACGUCGCCACGUCCGAUGUGACGAAACGAAACCCACAUGUCUUCGCUGCCAGCGGAGCAACCGAGAAUGCCUCGAGGAUCGCCGACAGACUGACCGACCGGGCUUCCGCGCCAUCAAAAUCGUGUCCUUCCCCGAACCCGUUGUCCCUCAGCCGAAUCGCCUCCUGCCGCAGGGUCAAAAUUUCCUCGAAUACUUCUGUCUCAACACCCUGCCCAUGCUGCGGCGCUGCCAACCGAGUCCCGUGUGGCAAGCCGUAGGCCAUCUUCUGCGAGAUCCCUCGUCCUCGUUGCGCCAUGUCGCCGCCGCAGUGGGCUACCAACACCUGUGCAUGGACAAGCAACAGUCCACAUCGCCCAAGCUCGAGAUCGCGUUGACGACACAUGCGGUGGGUACCUUGAGGACCUCGAUCGCCGAAGCCAGGCGUGGAGAUGUGGUCGAGCCGAUCUUCGCCUCCUGCUUCCUGACCAUGCUCGAAACAUUACAAGGAUCACACACCAAAACUUUGAUCCAUCUCGAAGCCGGAAUACGACUCGGGAGGGAACAAAUGUCCAAAGAGUCCACUCCGGAGAUCCGAGACUGCCUGCGUUUCCUGGAAGAUCAUGCUCGCGCCAUAGUUCUCCUGGAAUCGCCGUCCGAAGCCGGACAGCGCGCGACUGCCGUGUUGGCCAUCCAAUCCGCCCUAGAUCAGGUGCUCGACCCGCGAUUCGGCAUGCAAAUCGGCGACGAUGGCAUGUCCAUCAUCCGCGCCGUCCACGAACAGGAGAUUCGCAUGGUCUCUUUAUUCCUGGCGUACCACAAAGCCGACACGGUCCGUCAAGCUCCUCCCCCCGAGGUCGGCGCCCAUCUCCACCGCAUCGUGCUGUCGCUCCGACAACACAGCGCCGGGCUCGAGGCGUUGGUCGAUGCACAGUUGGAUCGUGCCGGUGACGUAUCCCGCGACGCCACCCAGACGGCGCUAUACAGCAUCGCCAAGGCCAAAUGCAUCCUGCAGAGCAUCAUACUGAACCUGACGAUGAACUAUCGCCAGACGGAUUGGGACCAGCAUCUCCCUCGAUUUCAGGCCAUAUUGGACAUGAUCGAGAACGCCCUCGAUUUGUUGAACGAUUCCCCGCCGACUUCUCCGUCGUCCCACUCAUCACAGUCCUCCUCAUCGCCCACCACAUCAUCAUCAUCAUCAUCAUCAUCAUCAUCACCAUCAGCAGCCUCUUCCACCCCGGGCUCCUUCCACGCCUUCUCACUCGGCAUGGGCGUCCACGAUCCCCUGAUGAUGGUCGCCGUCAAAUGCCGCGACCCCGCCACCCGGCGCCGGGCCGUCGACCUGUUCUCCAAAUGUCCCCGCCGCGAGGGGCCCUGGAGCACGCGCCGCGCACAGCAGAUGUGCAGCACGGUCAUCGCCUACGAGGAGCGCCGGGCGCUGGAGACGACGGGCCGAGUGCCCCAGACAUGCGAAGACGUCCCCGAGCAAUGCCGCGCCUUCGUCAACCACAUCUUCAUCAAGGACCCCACCGGCGCCGGAUUGGAGACGAGCUUCGGGGUGAAGCUGUAUGUCAGGAACGACCAGAGCCCCACGGGCUGUAUCGAGGAGGAUCUGGAACUGUUGGAGAUAUGACGGUCGGACGUUUUGCGGACGAGGUUCCCAACGGCCAUUUCUAGUAAUUUCUGAUAUUAAUACAUAUAUAUAUUUACCCUUCACGAAGAAAGAGGAAAAUAUGAAAAUUAUCCUAUGGCGGACUCUUUCCA